AUGGCAGAGCACGAUCGAAGAAGCGUUCAUGAGCGAAGACGAAAUAUCAUUUACUUAAUUGCCGAAUAUCUAAAAGAGACAGGAUUACUAAAAAGCUAUUCAGCCUUGAUUGAUGAAACUCAACUUUCAAACGACUUUUUUGUUUGUGAUAAUGUGGAUUUGGAGACAAUGUAUCUCGAGUUCUGUAGUUAUUUUCAAGUUAAAUUUGGAAAGAAGCCUCGUUUCAUAAAGAAAGUUGACCAAAAUGUUCCAAAACCAACACAUCCUGUUUCCGUCGAAAGUCGUUCAUCACUUGCCAAAAAACGUUCAUCUCUUAAAACAGCUUCUCAAAUGUCCACAAUUUUUCCCGAAAAUUGUGUUAAAGAUAUCGAAACGAGUGAAUGUUUACGAGUAUUCAGUUUAUCUCUAUCCACACACGACGAUGUCAACAAUGUAAAGCUGUCGCCAAUCUUUUCCAAAGCAAUGUCAUCGAAUCAUGACUUUUUCAACACUCAUCCGUCCGAUUGGAGGGAAAUGACAGAAAUUAUCUUUAAGGAUGUUAUAACAAAAGAUUUAUGCGUGAAAUGGGAUGACAUUAAGGGUCAAGAUGAUGCCAAAAUGAUAAUACAGGAGAGUGUUAUAUUUCCGGUUAAAUAUCCGGAGCUGUUUAAUCGCGUUCAUCCAUGGAAAGCUGUUCUGUUACAUGGUGUGCCUGGUUGCGGUAAAACAAUGUUAGCAAGAGCUUUGUGUUCGGAAACCCAUGAAAAUUUAACGUUUUUCAAUGUUGCUGCAAGUACACUGAUCUCGAAGUGGCGCGGAGAAUCAGAAAAACUAAUCCGAGUUCUGUUUGAGUUCGCAAAGUUUCAUGCGCCAUCGAUUAUCUUCAUUGAUGAGUUAGACAGUUUAACAUCGAAGCGAUGUUCACGAGAACAUGAAGCAUCUAAGCGGUUAAAGAACGAAUUUCUCUCAAUGUUGGAUGGCUUGGAAAGGGUGGAAGAAGGGAAAGUUUUUGUGCUAGGAUCAACCAAUAUGCCUUGGGAAAUUGAUCAAGCGUUUCUUCGACGUUUCGAAAGAAAAAUUCUCAUCGAUGUGCCUUCAUUCAGUGAACGUCUGAUUCUCAUUAAACACUUUCUGCCAUCAGCUCAACAUUGGCGUGAUAAAGAUUUAAACGAAGUUGCAACGUUAUCAGAGAAUUUUACUGCUGAUGACUUGAGAGUGGCAGUCAAGGAAGCAAACAUGAUGAUUAUCCGGAAGAAAAUCAAAAGCAGUUCAUGUGAAAGUUUUUCAGAUUUCGAAGUUGAAUUUCAGCAUUUGAGAGAUGCAUUGAAGCACAUUAAACCGACUCCUGAAGAAGACAUAGCUAAGCAUCGACAAUGGAAUUCAAGCUGUGGAAAAUAUUAA